UACAGGGGCAAGCAAAGCACACAUCACUUCCGAGAUCCUGCCAUUUUGCUGCUGAUGCUCAAAGCAAGCAGCGUCCAGACUAGCUGGUGCUGGCUGCAGCCAUUGUUUUGAAGUACAGCUGAUUUUUUUUUUUUAACGAGACUAAAUCAGUUUUUAACAAUUGAAGACGUCAUCAAAGUAGAAUGUCAGAUUUCGACCACAACCCGUUCGCGGACCCUGAAUUCAAUAACCCUUUUCAGGAUCCGUCGGUGACCCAAGUAACACAGAAUGCUCCUCCAGGGUUGGAAGAGUACAACCCCUUCACAGAUGCCAAGCCGGUCCACCCUGGCCCAGCGCCUAAAGUACCACCCCCACCCACCACCACCACCAACACACAACCAGCCAUCAUGAAGCCUACUGAAGAACCUCCUGCAUACUCACAGUCACAGGAGCAGGCGUGGGCGGCUACAGAGCUGCUGAGGAGACAGGAAGAGCUGGAGAGGAAGGCCGCCGAGCUAGAUCGCCGCGAGAGAGAGAUGCAGUCGCUCAGCACAUCAGGAGGUAGGAAAAACAACUGGCCUCCUCUCCCGGAGAAGUUCCCCGUGGGCCCCUGUUUCUACCACGACAUCACAGUGGACAUCCCUGUGGAGUUCCAGAAGACUGUCAAGAUCAUGUACUACAUCUGGAUGUUCCACACGGGGACGCUGUUCGCCAACAUGUUGGGCUGUCUGGCCUGGUUCUGUGUGGAUGCGACCAAGGGAGUGGACUUUGGUCUGGCCAUGCUCUGGUUCAUGAUCUUCACCCCCUGCUCCUUCGUCUGCUGGUACAGACCCCUCUAUGGAGCUUUCAGGAGUGACAGCUCGUUCCGUUUCUUUGUAUUCUUCUUCGUGUACAUCUGUCAGUUUGGCGUUCACGUGAUGCAGUCCAUCGGCAUCACCGGCUGGGGCGCCAGUGGGUGGAUCUCUGCUCUGACUGGUCUGAAUAAGAGCAUCCCUGUUGGCAUCAUCAUGAUCCUCAUCGCUGCUCUUUUCACCGCCCUGGCUGCAAUGUCGCUCAUCAUGUUCAAAAAGGUCCAUGGCAUGUACCGUACCACAGGGGCCAGCUUUGAGAAGGCCCAGGCCGAGUUUGCCACGGGCGUCAUGGCCAACAAGACGGUCCAGACCGCCGCUGCCACCGCCGCCUCCAACGCCGCCAGCGGAGCCUUCAAGCAACAGAUCUGAUUGGCCCCUGGAGCCCGUCCUAUUUCUUCACUCCGUCCAAUCCAGCCCCGCCCCCCCUCGAGCCGAGCUCAAGCUUCCCUGCCCUCCUAACCUAGCUCUACUCGCAUGACUAGGAUGAGACCAUAGAGAGAGGUAGAGGGCUCGUCUCUGCAUCUGUGGCGUUUUAGUCGUCUGUGACAGCAUGGGGCAGCGCCAUUGAGGCUACAACCCAUGAAAAACAUACUGACCCAGUUGACUACUUUUUGAUUUCUUUAACCCCCUUAUGUCGAUGUCCGCGCCCCCAUGGAAAUCUAAUUAGCAUUAACAUAAUAAGCAUAACAAAACAAUCCCCGUAACAAUGUGUCAGUUUAAGCUCGGGAGAUGGUGUAUUGGAUGCGUCUCAGUCCACCGCAUGCGCCCAUGCCACACUUCCUCAUCCCAGUGAAAGGUGACGGAGCUAGAGCGGUGUUUGUCACACCAAGAGACGUUCUGCUCACAAAAUCAUCCGUAGCGUCCGAAUGGUUUGACCUAGAAAACUGUCUAUGGAAAGCUGGGACUCUCACGAACACAAUGGUGUUUUGCUCUACGACCCCCCCCCACACACACACACACACACACAACCAUCUUGGGACUCGUCUGAGGUCGGUACAGCCGAUCUGUAAACUUCUGUCUGUAGUUUCCGACCAGUUUGGGCUACACACUAAUACCUCUCUGUGGGAAAGCAGUAAUCUCAUGAUCACAAACAUGUUGGUUGUUUUUCUCUAGGACGCCCACAGGCCUCACAAGACUCAUAUAAAAGGUCCCCCGGUACAAGUUUAAAACAUUUAUGAAAGUAUAUAUGGAGACUGUUUAGUGCCAGAAAUAAGGGGUUAAAUGCAUGUAAUGAAAAAUAACAUAUGUCCUGAUCUUUCUAAUUUCUCUGAUAUAGGACAGACACAACAAACUUCCUUUAGAUUUUUGGGGGGGGGGUACUGUUGUUCCAUGUAGUGAAUGAUAUUCAAUGCGUUUGUAUGGGCUAAGAGCACUAAGGCUCAAUUUUUUUAAAAUAAACAUUAUACUUCAAGGGGUCUUAAAAAUCAAAUAGCAAAAUCAUCCUUAGUAUGACCUCUUAAAACAAUUCCAUAUAGCUUAGUAAAACCCCUCUCCCCUGGCUUAAAAUGGCGGAAGUACUCAAUGGCGCUGCCCAUGCUAAAAUGGUCUUUUGGCCAAUAGAGUUCUCUAUCAUUCUCUAUGGAUGACACCUAGAAGGAUGAGCCCAAUGAUGUCAUAGUAGAUGAAAGCAGGAAGUAGACAUGAGAGGCUUGUGUUUAAGUCGUUUCAUUCAGUUCCGUCCAGCUCCCAGUGCAGAUCUACAUCCUGUGGAAUCUAGAGGUUUAUGACAUCACCGUCUUAUCCUUCUCGUCUCAUCCACCAAUCCCUGCCUCUCAUCUUGCCCUGAGGGCUGUAACUCCGCUCACCGUAGUGGCUUUAUUAAAACACUCCUGUCCUGUGUCUGUCUGACCCCACACCACUUAGUCAUGUCACUAUACAAGUGUUUGCAAACUUUCCUUGAAGUGUGUGUGUGUGUGUGUGCAUAUGAAUAUUAGUGUCUCUAUAUGUUAAUGCCGAGGCCUAUACAUUGUGUACGUUCCACAUCCAGUUUCUGUCACUCCCUCUGAUGCAAGUCAAUUCCCUUCACCAAGACUCUAAUGGCUGUAGCUAUCCAUAAACGUACACGACUCAUUUAUUCACUGGAUUUAACUAAGUACCUUUAGAAAUGUUUAACACUUAAUGAAAACGAAACACUUGUUUUGAACCCUGCGCCAGUCAGGCGGAUAUGGCCACCAGUUAGUGGUCAGUCUGCCCUCUGUUGGUGAGACCUGGUAGUGUUGAUGAGUGCUGCGCAUUCCACAGCGUUGUCACCUCGGGAAUCGUCUAGACUGAUUCAUCUCAAGAAGCGAGUGUAAACCCAUCAGUUUUCUAAACGAGGAAGUGUCUCUGAAAUCAGGUUUGGUGUCUUGGUUAGAUUUUUUUCACGUUCUGUCUCAGCCUUGUCGUAUUAGUUUUUAAGCCUUGCCUUUUGAUAAGAUCUUUUGUUCUCAAUAACACUUUAUAAUAUAAACAAAGAGCCAGAUGACAGCGACCUAAAUGUCAUAGCCUCUAUCCUUGUCCCUUUGCUUUAGUGGUAACGUUGCACUUCACGUAGACAUCGCAUCACACACGCACGUCUGUAUACAUAUCCACCCACACCCCCAAAAGCCCGAUGCUUUCAAACCUGCAAAUGUAUGCUAGCUGAGCUGUAUGCUAACAACUGACUCCAGUGAGAGAGAGCUAGCUCGUCUCCAGCCUUGGUUUUCUAGCGGGGAUAUAUACAGUACCUCAGUUAGUGCUCUUUACGUGCAUGACCAAGCUUGCUGAUCUACAGGACACCGCUCUGGUCUAGGCCUCUCUGUAUUAUAGAAGUCUAUGGUUUGUGAGUGAACUGAACUGUCUUGUUUUGAAGUUAAAAUGCUGUGCAUUAAGCUGAACCGGUCCAGGAAUCCCUGUUUCUCCAAACGCUCCAAGAACAGGCGAAAUCUCCCAGUAAUAUCAUUUGUCUAUGCUGCACGGAUGUGUCGACGCUGAUAGCCUAGUAUUCAUUGUAUGAUUGAGUGAAAGGAGCAGUUCCCCCACCCACCAACAAGUGUUUUAGGCCAGCAAUUUUUUUAUGCUCCUUUUUAAAUAUAUAUAUAUAUAUAUCUUCCUGUUUUCCUUUUAGACUGAUAGUCAGUCAUCUCUCUGUGGUUUGUUAGUGUCUUGAGUUUAUGCCUGUGAAUGUUUGUGUGCCUGCGUGUGAGAGAAUGUUUGUGUGCUGAGCUACUUUGUUGUUCUUCCUCUUAAAUCUAAACAAAUGGCACCUGAAUGUUCCUGUUAGUAAUUUGUUGGCUUGAAAACAAUGGGGAGAAAAAAUGCAUCAACUGCUAAAUGUGAGAGUCAGUCGGUGGAAUUAAGCGACGUGAACUGUGCGUGUUUUGAGAUAGACUGUGGCUUUAACUUGUACUUUUUGAAUCAAUGACACAAGUAUGAAGUAGAAAACACUGAGAAUGAAAAUGAAAUUGGUCUUGCUCAUUUCUGACAAUGGAAUAAAUUGAAGUUAUUUAAAAGAAAGUGAGCAGUCUUUAAGGGAUGUUUGUAUAUUUUGUAAAGUUUGACGACUGGUCGGCUGGUACCCUGAAUUUCAUUUUACUGUACAGAAGCUCUGUCUCUCCUUCAAGUUGCAUGUUGAGUAGUUUGUUUUGUAUAUUGUAUUAAUGCUAAAUAAAAUUCUGAAGUCAACUCCACAGCCA